GAAAAGGAGGCCCCACCGCACGCCGGGUCCGCACAGGAUCCCCAGCGAUGUCUCCACCGCAGCUGCUGCUGUCCCUGCUGUUGCUACUGAACUUGGAGCCUGCCAGGGCCACGCUAAUCCGGAUCCCUCUUCGCCGAGCCCACCUUGGACGCAGGACCCUGGGCCGCCUGAGGGGAUGGGGAGAACCAGCAGAGUCCUUCAGGUUGGGGGCCCCAUUCCCGGGGGCCAAGCCUGUCUUUGUGCCCCUCUCCAACUACCUGGACGUCCAGUAUUUUGGGGAAAUUGGGCUGGGAACGCCCCCACAAAACUUCACUGUCGUCUUUGACACCGGUUCCUCCAACCUCUGGGUCCCGUCCAGGAGAUGCCACUUCUUGAGUUUGCCGUGCUGGGUCCACCACCGCUUCAAUCCCCAAGCCUCCAGCUCCUUCCGACCCAACGGGACCAAGUUUGCCAUUCAAUAUGGACGUGGGCGGCUAGACGGAAUCCUGAGUGAGGACAAGCUGAUCAUUGGGGGCCUCGAGGGUGCAUCAGUGAUUUUCGGAGAGGCUCUGUGGGAGCCCAGCCUGGUCUUCACUUUUGCCCACUUCGAUGGGAUAUUGGGCCUCGGCUUCCCCAUUCUUGCCGUGGAAGGAGCUCGGCCCCCACUGGAUGUACUGGUGGAACAGGGGCUACUGGACAAACCCAUCUUCUCCUUUUACCUCAACAGGGACCCUGAUGCGGCGGAUGGAGGAGAGCUAGUCCUGGGCGGCUCGGACCCAGCGCACUACGUCCCACCCCUCACCUUCCUGCCAGUCACAGUUCCCGCCUACUGGCAGAUCCACAUGGAGCGCGUGAAGGUGGGCACAGGGCUGACUCUCUGUGCCCGGGGCUGUGCUGCCAUCCUGGAUACGGGCACAUCCCUCAUCACAGGACCCACUGAGGAGAUUCAGGCCCUGAAUGACGCCAUCGGGGGCCUCUCCCUGCUGGUGGGGGAGUACCUCAUCCGGUGUUCGGAAAUCCCAAAGCUCCCCCCGGUCUCCUUCCUCUUUGGGGGGGUCUGGUUUAACCUCACAGCCCAGGAUUACGUCAUCCAGAUUUCUCGGGGCGGCGUCCACCUCUGCUUGUCCGGCUUCCAGGCCCUGGACAUGCCUCCUCCUGUAGGGCCCCUCUGGAUCCUCGGCGACGUCUUCUUGGGGGCCUACGUGGCCGUUUUCGACCACGGGGACAGCAAGAACCAGGCCGAGUCCGGCAGGCGCGCGCUCGCGCUCUUGGAGCCAGCCGGCUAG